CUCACAAUUACCUAUUGCUCGAGGAGAUGAGUUUCUUGGGAAAACUUUGACACACACCCGUGUCUCAAAAUUUCUAAAUAAAUUUCCCAAAUCCUUGUACUCCGGACAUCAUCCGGAUAGUUCAUGUAGGUAAAGAAUUUUUUUUUACCCAAUACCCACUAAUCCAAAUCCUUUUUGCGGACUGAAAAAAUCUAUGCUUUAGCGCCAACCAAGAAAACGAAAUCUAUAUUAAUUUCCUCAGACUGACGUUAGGAUCAAUCAGUGUUCACAAGGGUUUGAUGGGUACUAGAGGCAGAAAUGAUAUCAACUAUAGAAACCCAUGUCUGACAAUGCAUCAGCCAUGGGCUUCUUUGCUUAUUUAUGGCAUCAAACGUGUUGAAGGAAGAUCUUGGCCUGCCCCUAUUCGAGGACGACUUUGGAUUCAUGCUGCUAGCAAGAUCCCAGAACCAGCUACGAUCCAAGCAAUGGAGGAUUUUUACAGGGAAAUAUAUGCAGUGGAUGGAAUUACAGAUAUUAAAUUUCCAGAGCAUUAUCCAACCUCAAGAUUGAUAGGUUGUGUUGAGGUGGUUGGAUGCGUUACUCGUGAAGAACUAGUAAACUGGGAGGAGGUUCCUGGAGGGGUGCAGCUAGAAGGGCAAACUGAUUUUUGUUGGCUUUGUGAGCAACCUCAGAAACUCAUAGUUCCUUUUGAGAUGCGAGGCUUCCAAGGAGUUUAUAAUUUGGAGCAUAAGAUACAUGAAGCUGCUGCUAGAGGUCUUUCUCCAGUUAGGGUGCCAAGGCCAGUUAAAUUUCCCCUUCCAGAUCCGCGAGAUCCAUUCUCUUUGAAGCCAGGAUCACUUGUUUCCACAUUUAAGGGCUCUGGCAUGCCUAAAGUGGAGAAAUCAGAGAGUCUUACUGCAGCAGUUGCUGGUGCCCGUGCAGCUGCUACACAAUUCUCAAAGAGCGGCGGCUUUGAGCCUGCUGCAGUUGGAGGAGGUGAUGAGCCUAUCUCUUCUAGAACAAGGAACAAGUCAACAGCGGUUUAGAAGCUUAAUAUCAAUGCAACUGGGAGAUCAGAUGUACAGGUUAUAUGCAUACAACAGUCAGAUCUGAACUUAAUAAAGGGACAGGAGUUUGAGGAUUUGUAUUAGAAUGAUUUGGAUUAUUCUGUUUAGCGCUUGCAUUUUGCUUUCGUGUUGACUUUAACUUCAGGAGUAAGCAUAGUUCUUCUGCAGGUAAAGAUAAUCUUGUCCAUAACAUAUUGGUUUCUUUGUACAGAUUGUAGAUGGGGUUUACAUUAGACAGCUUGGAUUGC